AGUAAAGAAAAAAGAGGGAGAGGAGAAAAGCAAGAGUUGCAGCUGUGAAAGAAGAAGCCGUCAGAGAUGCCAUUGGCCUUCCCCUAUAAACCUUGAUGCUCAAGGCUUCACGACGUAUCGGUUUCCUCUUCUUUUUUUCCAUUAUGGAUAGGCAAGGCUCGGUACUACAGCAAAUCUGGAUCAGCCAUGGCGGAACGAUCAACAGGAUCUUGAUACUGCAUUGUUUCUUCUUCAUGGCCUCUUUGGUCGUAGAUGGGAGUGCGGAGAUGAAAGCGGAGUCGGUGAAUCCGAUCCCAACACUGUCUCCACCUGAAGGGAACAACACAUUUCUGCAGGGGACAAGUUGGUGUGUGGCGCGGGCCGGAGUUUCAACGGUUGAUCUACAGAACGCUCUUGAUUGGGCGUGCGGGCUGGGCAUGGCCGAUUGCUCCCCGCUGCAACCCGGCAGCAACUGCUACCAGCCAGACUCCCUCGUCUCUCAUGCGUCCUAUGCUUUCAACAGCUACUACCAGCAAAACGGGAACUCCCCAAUUUCCUGCAACUUUGGUGGAACUGCAACCAUAACUACCAAGAACCCAAGUUAUGGAACGUGUGUUUACCCAUCGGCAGGGUCCGUAGCCUCCGAAGGGACGACGAAGUUUGUGGGAAACCCUCAUGGGCUCUUUAUUUAUCUUUUUGGGUUUCAUUAUUUUCUAUUGCUUUUGUUUGAAGUGAUGUUGAUCUGACGGCUGUAAUACGGUCAAAGAUGAUAGAAACUGAGAAUACAGCAUUUUUGGGGUUGUCA